AAAAAUCUAUUCUUGAAGGUCACCAUGCUGCAAUUCAAUUCCAACUCCGGUCUAUCGCAAUAAAAACCUAUAGAGAUUCACCUAAAAAAAAGAUGUCGUUUCAAAGCGAUGCAUUUUAAACAAUAAAUCAAUAAAGUGUAACGCUAAACUGGGUUUCUCAUUACACGUCCUGAACUUCAUUACCUCACUCGUACCGCAGCGACAAACAUUUUGGUUGUCUUUCAAGUUGCAACACAGUGCGUGUACAUAAUUACUUCGGCAAAAACACAUUCCAGUGUUUGUUAUUCGAUAAGUCUAUUUUCUGUGCUCAACACUAGAAGCAACAUAUCUGGUGACCGUGUUUGCUGCAAAAAGUCAUUUUAAUUUGCUACCCUGGGAGUUGUUUCUUUGUUUUGUUUUCAGAAGCUUUGUAUUUCCGGGUGAAAUCAGAGUCGAAUAAUAUCCUGCACAGCGAGGGAGUGGGAAUCCGGGAUUCUGCCGGCUGCGCUGCUUGUAUCUUCAUUCUGGCAGCCGAGACGUGCAGGUCACAUAGGACGACUGGAAAAACAGAAAGACAGACAAACAACAAUUCACACCUGCUUGGAAUGAUGGGUUAUAUUGCAUCGACGCCUCUUUAAUGCUAGCCGGACUGAAAAUUGUGUUCGUGGCGUUUGAAAAGUUUUUGGCAAGCUGGUCGCUGGACAUCAUUGUGAAUUAGAUUUCGUCGUAUUUCCUGAUUCGACCUGAAUAGUUUAUAUUUAGCCAGGAGCAACAGUGGGAAAUAGACACGUUGGAGUAGAACUCGUGGGCUGUUGGCACAGUUUGACGUGGAUUCAUUCACAGCUCCUCUAUAUACAGUCUGUGCAGAAUCACUUUUUCCUGCAAGGUUGCUUGAGAUGCAGAUCUGCUGUCCUUGAUGGUAUGACUAUGGGGGAGAGUUACAGGAAAUAAAGCUCAAGGUGAGAUCAGGUCCCUAUGAUUGUCCUGGAGUCCCUUACCCACAAUGCCUCCUGCCAUGACGGACAUUCUGGACAUCUGGGCCGUGGAUUCCCAUCUCGUAAACGAUGCCUGCAUCACUGUGGACUUUCUGCUUCCCACCGGCAUCUUCAUCCAGAUGGACGUCCCCCGAGAAGCUACCCUCCAGCACAUCAAACUGUUGCUAUGGAAACAGGCUCAGAGCUACCCCCUGUUCACCUUCCUGGGGCAGAUGGAGGCCUACAUGUUCGAGUGUGUGAACCAGGCCGCCGUGCACGAGGAGCUUGAGGAUGAGUCUCGAAGGCUCUGUGAUGUCAGACCCUUCCUCCCAGCCCUCAAACUGGUCACCAGGAACUGUGGCAGAGCUGAGAAACUGCUCGACUCCAAAAUAGGGGUGCUUAUAAGCAAAGGUCUCCACGAGCUGGAUGCCCUCCAGGAUCCCGAGGUGAAGGAGUUCCGCGCCAAGAUGCUUCGGAUCAGCGAGGAGAAGAUGCAGAAGCUGCAGCUGCUCACGUGGAUGGAGUGGCUGCAGUGCAGCUUCUGCCCCCUGCUGGAACCCAGCGUGCCAGACAACAUCCUGGACAAGCUGCAUGGGGGCCAGAUCGUGAUCGCCGUUCGGUUCGACAACUCCCAGAUCGUGAGCCUCAAAGUCUCCCCGCACACUAGUCCCAGCGCCCUGACGGAGCAGGCUGUCAGAAAGUGGCUGACAACACACGGCAAGGAGGAAGAGGAGGCGAACAGCAACAACUUUGUGCUCCGAGUCAGUGGAAGGCUGGAGUACCUGUUUGGAGAUCACCCCCUCAUCCAGUUCAAGUAUAUAAGGAACUGUGUGACAAAUAACGAGUCCCCCCACCUGACUCUGAUCGACUCCUGCACUGUAAAGGAGAUGUUCGAAAAAGAGCUCUCCACCAUUGGAGCCGUAGUGAACAGGAAAUCUUCAAACCCUCCUCUUCCUCUGCCUCCUAAAAGGAGAGCCACGUCACAAAUAUCAACCUGUGUUUGGGAUGUAAUGGUGCCUUUUACGAUUGUGCUGGUCAAAGGUAGCAAGGUCAACGCAGAAGAGACGGUUAAAGUUCAGGUCCGGGCAGGCCUUUUCCAUGGAACAGAACUUCUCUGUAAACCCGCUGUGAGCGCAGAAACCUUCGGAAAGAAUGAGCACGUUUGGGACAAAACACUGGAAUUCGAAAUUAACGUCUGCGACCUGCCGAGAAUGACGCGGCUGUGCUUUGCAGUCUAUGCAGUGAUGGAUAAAGUGAAGAAACAGAAGUCCACCAAAAACAUACAUGCCAAGUAUCAGACCAUAAGAAAAGCUGGGAAAGUACACUACCCGAUCGCCUGGGUGAAUACAAUGGUUUUUGACUACAGGGGGCAGAUGAAGACUGGUGAGAUUAUUCUGCACAGCUGGUCAUCGUUUCCUGAUGAACUUGAAGAAAUGCUGAAUCCUAUAGGAACAGUGCAAACCAACCCAUACACUGAAAAUGCUACAGCUUUGCACAUUAAGUUUCCAGCAUAUUCCAGGUCUACAGUCUUCUACCCCCCUUUCGACAAGAUAUUGGAAAAGGCAGCUCAGAUUGCAAGAAAUAGUGAUUGUGUGACAAUGGCUGGCCGUGGAGGCAAGAAGUUUCAUAUUGAACUGAAAGAGAUAAUGGAGCGGGAUCCUUUGUCUCAGCUGUGUGAGAAUGAGAAGGAUUUGAUCUGGACGCUACGCUACGACUGCCGUGAGAACUUCCCCCAGUCCCUGCCCAAGCUGCUGCUCUCUGUCAAGUGGAACAAGCAUGAGGACAUGGCUCAGCUUCAAGCUCUGCUACAGAUCUGGCCCAGGCUGAGUCCGAGGGAUGCGCUGGAAUUGCUGGAUUUCAACUACCCAGACCAGUACGUGCGGGAGUAUGCAGUGCACUGCCUUAGAGACAUGAGCGACGAGGAGCUGUCCCAAUACCUCCUGCAGCUUGUGCAAGUCCUCCGUUACGAGCCUUACUACGACUGCGCCCUUUCCAGGUUCCUGCUGGAGAGAGCACAGGCCAAUAGGAGGAUAGGGCACUUCCUGUUCUGGCAUUUAAGGUCUGAAAUCCAUAUGCCUGCAGUCUCUGUACAGUUUGCAUUGAUACUGGAGGCAUAUUGCCGAGGCAGUAUACCUCACAUCGAGGUUCUGAAGAGACAGGUGGAGGCGCUGACGAAGCUGAAAGCCGUAAACGAGCUCAUCAAGCUGGGCACCAUCAAAAACACGAAGAGCAAAGCAAAGGAAGCCAUGAUGACCUGCCUGAAACAGAGUGCAUACACAGAGACUCUCUCCAAUCUCCAGUCGCCUCUCAAUCCCAGCGUCAUCCUCUCGGGGCUCAAUGUGGAGAAAUGCAGGUUCAUGGACUCGAAAAUGAAACCUCUGUGGAUAGUGUAUGAAAACAAGCUUCUGGGAGGGGAGUCGUUGGGCAUAAUCAUCAAGAACGGGGAUGACCUUCGACAGGACAUGCUGACCCUGCAGAUACUCCGGCUGAUGGACAUGCUGUGGAAGGAGGCUAAUCUUGACCUCCGAAUUGUGCCUUAUGGUUGCCUAGCAACCGGAGACAAAUCUGGCUUGAUUGAGGUGGUGUCAGCGUCUGAAACCAUCGCCAACAUUCAGCUGACAAACAGCAACGUGGCCGCGACCGCGGCUUUCAACAAGGACGCUCUUCUGAACUGGCUCAAAGAGAAGAAUUCUGGAGAUGCCUUGGACCGAGCCAUCGAAGAGUUUACAUUGUCUUGUGCUGGCUACUGUGUAGCGACUUAUGUGCUUGGCAUCGGUGACAGACACAGUGACAACAUCAUGGUCAGAAGUACCGGACAGCUUUUCCACAUAGACUUCGGGCAUAUCCUUGGUAACUUCAAAUCCAAGUUCGGAAUCAAAAGGGAGCGCGUGCCUUUUAUCCUCACCUACGACUUCAUCCACGUCAUUCAGCAAGGGAAGACUGGGAACACUGAGAAGUUUGGCAGGUUUCGUCAGUACUGUGAAGAGGCCUACUUGAUCCUGCGGAAGAAUGGAAACCUGUUCAUCACCCUGUUUGCACUGAUGCUGACCGCAGGCCUCCCCGAGCUCACCUCGGUCAAAGACAUUCAGUACCUUAAGGAUUCUCUUGCCCUGGGGAAAACCGACGAGGAUGCAUUGAAACAGUUCAGGCAGAAGUUUGAUGAAGCGCUCCGUGAGAGCUGGACCACUAAAGUGAACUGGAUGGCACAUAACGUGGCGAAAGACAACAGGUCCUAGCGAUCACUGAACCACACUGAGAUGACCAGGGGACGUUGCUUUUCAAAUAAGGGAUCAGCUGUCGUCUGGACCAAUAUAAUGUAACCGUGACAGAGACUGGAUGUGAAUAACCCCAAUCGUUGCACUCUGAGCUUCACUCUGCUUGUUCAAAGCUUGACCAAGAUGUUUUUUUUUGUUUGUUUUUUCUACAUAUCUGUAUAUAGUGAGUAAUCAUCCAUUGCUGAAUUUGCACGCAGAGCGCUACUGGUUUCUUCGUUUUCCUUUAUUUUUAAUGACCUGAUAUGUGAGGAACGGAUGUGAAGAAAUAUUUCUAUGUGACAAAUUAUACUGUAAUGAUGUCUUUAGGUUCUGAGGCUUUAUUUUAAUUGAAACGUGACAUGGAGUUACAAUGGACCUUUAAACAUUGUAAUAAAUCUGAAACCAACAAAAAAAAAA